AUGAAAAGAACAAAAUAUAGGAGAAAUUCUAGUGAUUAUAAAAAAAUUAAAAAAGAUGUAUACGUUAGUUCAAGAAAAAAAAAAAAUGAUAGUGAUGAAAUGAGUGAGGCAGAGUGUGAAGAAAGAAUUAAAUAUCAUGAAAGUUCGAAGCGUAGCAGAAUGGAAUAUUAUAAUAAUGAUAAGAAUAGUGUAAGUUCUAAUUUGGAAGGAAAAAGAAAAGAAAAUACCAUUUUUUAUCAUAGUAACAAAGUAAAUCAUAAUAUAAAUGAUAUUUAUCCUUUAAAUCCUAUGAAUAAUGUAAAUAAAAAUAGUAUUAAUAGAAAUAUAAGUAAUAAUGUUUAUAUGAAUAAAACUAAUUAUGAUAGCAAAAAUAAUUUGCAAAACGUUAGUCAUAAUAAUAUGAAUGCUGCUUCAGUGAAUAAUAUAAGAAAUACUGAUUAUAAUAAUGUAAAAAUGUUAAAUCACAAUUUAAAUAAUAGAGGAUCAUCAAAUAAUAAUAUUAAUUAUUAUACGAGCUCAUUAAUGAAAGGAAAUUAUGAUGAUGUGAAAAAUAAAGAAAAAUAUAUAAAAAGCAAAAAUGAAAUAGAUACAUUAAAAAUAAAUAAUUUAUUUAUUCCAGAAGAUAAGUUUUUAGAUGAAAAAAAUAAUGAGUUAAUAAAUAAAUUAUAUGGAAAUGUAAAAAUAAAAAAACCCAAUAACAGUUUAACUAAUAUUAGUUUUGAUACCAUUACAAAAAAAAUAAAUACAGAUAUUAAACUACUCGGAAAUUUGGACCUAAUAAAACUACAUGAAUCAGAGAAUUUGGAUAACUCUUUAAAAACUCCUUGUAUUAGUUCAAUAAUAAAUGAUAAAAAAAAAAAUUUUGAAAUAUAUGAAUUCUGGAAAUUUCCACUUGAAAUUUUUGAUAAAUAUAUUUUUAAAAAUAAAAAUCAUGAUUAUGAAAAAUGGAUAUCUAAUUGUAAAACUUUAUUUAUUUUAGGUUUACCAUUUCAUUUAAAUGAAUAUUAUUUGUUACAUAGUAUCAUAGAUAUAUAUUAUGAUAAUAAAAAUUGUGAUAGUAUAUUAGAUAUAAUAGAUUUACAUAAUGAGGAUACUUUAGUUAAUAAUGUACAAUUAUAUUGUUCUUUUCAGCAAAGUAAAAAAAAAUAUAUAUUGUUAGCUGAAAAAUUAGGAAUUUUAAAAUUUGAAUUAUUAUUUGGAAGUGAAUUUUAUUCAGCUAAAAAUGAAUUAUUGUCUACAUAUCUUAAUUUGAAAUAUAAAGAGCUUUAUAAAAUUAAUUGUAAUAGUGGUGCUAUGGGAUUAUUACAUUUUAAAAAUGAGAAAUUUGCAAGAGAAUUUUGGAUGACAUACUCAAACUAUUCAUCCUGUUUUUAUGAAAAGCAUGUCAAAGUAAUCCCUGAUAUUAAUGGAUUAAAAAUAUUUUUAGAAGCAUCUGUUUUUUAUUUAACACCUGAAAGUUUUAUUACACAAAUAAAUUACAAUGAACUGAAUAUUGUUUUAAGUAAUAUACAAAAAAAAAAUAUGAGUACUAUUAAUAUAAUUAAUGAGAUGAAAAUUUGUUAUAAACAAAAAAAUAUAUGGAAUCUUAUACUUCAAAAUGUAAGUAUUGAAGAAUUUCAUAAUGUAAACAAAAAACAACAAAAUGAAACAAAAAGUGUGGAUGAUAAAAACAUGAACAUUAAAGAUAAUUUAAAUAAUUUUUCUUUUUUAAGAAAUACUGAUAACAAUUUUUUAAUGCAUAUAUAUAAUACCCAUAUCAAUAGACUUUUAAUUUCUAAUGGAUUAUGUUUAUUAGCAUGCCCUUAUUCAGAUGAAGAAGGAGGAAAUAAAAUUGCAGAAUUUUUUAAAAAAUUUUAUUUAAUAGACUGGUUCUAUUGUGAUGAAGAUAAAACUUGCUAUUUUUAUAUUUUUAAAACAGUGUUAAAUGUUUUUUGUAUAUUCAAAAGGAAUUUUAAAACUUGUUCUGAUUAUAUUGUUUCUUCUAUUUUUUUAAAACUUCCAUUUGGUAUUGUUCCCGCUAUAUAUAUCAAUUCGUCAACAAAUUUAAAAGAUAAAAAUCCACAAGAGAAAAAUAAUUUUAGAUGUUAUGAAAGUGAAUCACUUACAAGUAAUGUAAAUAAAAAAUUUACAACAUUUAAUUUAAGCAAUAGUAAUAUUAUGAAUAAUGUUGGUAAUAAUUUAAAACAACUAAAAAGUACAUCUGAUAUUAAUUCUUUAAUUUCAAGAAAAAGAAUAAAUAGUGUAAGUACAAUAGAAAAUACUAAUUUAGAUAAUAAAAAUGUCCAAUGUAAUAAUUCUAAAAAUAAAAAUGUUAGAAUGAAUAAUUUAAAUAUACAUAGUGUCAAAAAUAAUGAGAAUAUUGAUAUGAUUAUGUCUAAAAAAAAAAACGAAAAUGAAAACGUUAAUAUAACUUAUUGUAAGAACUUAAGUAAAGACAAAAUAAUUUUAAAUAAUUCUUACAAAAAAUUAAAUAGUGAUAGUAAUAAUAACAAUAUUGAAAAUAAUAAUAAUUGCAAUAAUGGUGAUAGAAACAAUAAUAACAAUAAUGAAAACAUUAAUAUUUUUGAGAAAAAUGAAAAAGUAAAAAAUGUUAUAAGUAGUGUUGGAAUGUAUAAUAAUUCAUAUAAUAUUGGUUCUAUAUCUAAUAAUAUUAAAAGCAAAAAUAAUAAUGAAAUCCAGAAAAAUCAUGAGUCAAAUGUAAAUAACUCCAAAAAUAAUUUAAAUUUAAAAAAAAAUAAUAGUAAAGGAGAAAAUGAUCCUUGUAAAAAAAUUGGUGAAAAUAUCAAUGAUAAGAUACUAGUUGACAAUAUAGAUAAUGAAAAUAAUAAUGACAUUAUUGAAAAAAGUAUAAAAAAACAAAACCUAAUAAAUCCUGAAAAUUUAACAAAGAAAAAUGAAGACGUGAAAAAUAAAAAAAAUAUAAAAAAAAAACAAAAAAUUGCAAAUACUAAAAAAAGUAAAAAAGAUAUGCAAAUAAAUAAUAACGAAGACACUGAUUUUAAAAUAAAUGAAAAAGAAGAAAUAUGUAUAAAUAAGAUGGGAAAUGAAACAAAAAUUGAAAAAAACUCUAUUAAUGAGAAUAAUAAUAAUAAUAAUAAUAAUAAUAAUAAUAAUAAUAAUAAUAAUAAUAAUAAUAAUAAUAAUAAUAAUAGCACUGAAAAUAUUCUAAAAAAAGAAGUUAAAAAUAAAAAGAAUAAAGAAGAAAAUACAAAAAGUAAUAAUAAAAUAACAACUAAAAAAAGAACUCCAAGAAACAUAAAUUCACAUAUAAUAAAAAGUGAUAUAGCUAGUGCAUUACAGAAAAAAAAAGUACAAGCAUUAAAUAACUCCAAAAAUAAUUUAACUGUACCAUUGAGUAAUUCUGAUGAAAAAAAUAAUUCAGUUAAUAAUAAAAACAAAAUUCAAAGAAAGAAAUAA